AUAUUUGAAGUGUCCAUAACCGUCAUAGAGAACGAAGAAGAGAGGCGAAGGAGGAGUUGUUAGCCUGUGUUUUAAGAAAGUUGAUAAGUGGAACGUGUUCAGAUCGUGGAGCAAUGGCUGGUGGUGCGUGGAAUAGACGUGCAUCCUUGAUCGUCUUCGGGAUCGUCUUGUUCGGGUGCUUGUUCGCAUUUUCUAUAGCCACAGAAGAAGCUACCAAGUUGGGAACAGUUAUUGGAAUAGAUCUUGGAACAACUUACUCAUGUGUUGGUGUUUACAAGAAUGGACAUGUUGAAAUUAUAGCAAAUGACCAAGGUAAUCGUAUCACCCCUUCAUGGGUUGCCUUCACUGAUGGUGAGAGGCUGAUUGGUGAGGCAGCAAAGAAUCUAGCCGCUGUUAACCCAGAGAGGACCAUCUUCGAUGUCAAAAGACUUAUCGGAAGAAAGUUUGAUGACAAAGAAGUACAAAGGGACAUGAAACUUGUUCCUUACAAGAUUGUUAACAAGGAUGGUAAACCAUAUAUCCAAGUUAAGAUUAAAGAUGGGGAGACCAAGGUCUUCAGUCCUGAGGAGAUCAGUGCAAUGAUUCUGACCAAGAUGAAGGAAACAGCUGAAGCUUACCUCGGAAAGAAAAUCAAGGAUGCAGUUGUCACUGUUCCAGCAUACUUUAAUGAUGCCCAGAGGCAGGCCACUAAGGAUGCAGGUGUAAUCGCUGGACUAAAUGUGGCCAGAAUUAUUAAUGAGCCAACUGCAGCAGCUAUUGCCUAUGGAUUAGAUAAGAAAGGUGGUGAAAAGAACAUCCUUGUCUUUGACCUUGGUGGUGGGACAUUUGAUGUUAGCAUCCUCACCAUUGAUAAUGGUGUUUUUGAAGUUCUUUCCACAAAUGGAGACACUCACCUGGGAGGAGAGGACUUUGACCAGAGGAUUAUGGAGUACUUCAUUAAAUUGAUUAUGAAGAAGCACGGAAAGGACAUCAGCAAGGACAACAGGGCCUUGGGUAAGCUUAGAAGAGAAGCUGAGCGUGCCAAGAGAGCUUUGAGCAGUCAACACCAAGUUAGGGUUGAGAUUGAAUCUCUUUUCGAUGGUGUGGAUUUCUCUGAACCACUUACUCGGGCACGUUUUGAGGAGCUAAACAAUGAUUUAUUCAGAAAGACAAUGGGACCUGUUAAGAAGGCUAUGGAUGAUGCUGGGCUGGAGAAAACCCAGAUUGAUGAAAUUGUCCUUGUUGGUGGAAGUACCAGGAUUCCAAAAGUUCAACAGCUUUUGAAGGAUUAUUUUGAUGGCAAGGAGCCCAACAAGGGUGUUAACCCUGAUGAAGCAGUUGCUUAUGGUGCAGCCGUACAAGGAGGAAUUUUGAGUGGCGAGGGAGGUGAUGAAACCAAAGAUAUUCUUCUUCUGGAUGUGGCUCCACUCACUCUUGGUAUUGAAACUGUUGGUGGAGUGAUGACUAAGCUGAUCCCAAGAAACACUGUUAUUCCUUCUAAAAAGUCUCAAGUCUUCACCACUUAUCAGGAUCAGCAGACAACAGUGACAAUCCAGGUCUUUGAAGGUGAACGCAGUCUCACAAAGGACUGCAGACUGCUGGGGAAGUUUGAUUUAACCGGAAUAGCUCCAGCUCCAAGAGGAACUCCUCAAAUCGAGGUUACAUUUGAAGUUGAUGCAAAUGGUAUUCUAAAUGUCAAAGCUGAAGACAAAGCCUCUGGAAAAUCAGAGAAGAUCACAAUCACCAAUGACAAAGGUCGCUUGAGUCAAGAAGAGAUUGAGCGUAUGGUCAAGGAGGCUGAGGAGUUUGCAGAGGAGGAUAAGAAAGUAAAAGAAAGAAUUGAUGCCAGAAACAGCCUGGAGACAUAUGUAUACAAUAUGAGGAACCAAAUAAAUGACAAGGACAAGCUUGCAGACAAGCUAGAGUCUGAUGAGAAAGAGAAGAUUGAAACCGCGACAAAAGAAGCGCUUGAAUGGUUGGACGACAACCAGAGUGCUGAGAAGGAAGAUUAUGAGGAAAAGCUGAAAGAAGUGGAAGCUGUGUGCAACCCAAUAAUCACUGCGGUGUAUCAGAAGUCUGGUGGAGCACCGGGAGGAGAAUCAGGUGCUAGCGAGGAUGAUGAUCAUGACGAGCUGUAGAUGAUUGCUAGUUUACAAGUUUUAUGUUAUCACAAGUGAUAGGAUACACAGGGUUUUCUCAUAUAAUUUUCCUGUUGACAGUGACUAUCAGAAAUAGAUUAAGAUGAGGAGGAAGACGUUGAUGAGGCACAUUGAUCAAUUUUAGAGUUGGUUAUUCUAAAUUGAUUAAUUAAGGACGGCAAAAGAACCUUCCUCUUGUUCAUUCUUGGAAGACAUGUAUAGAGACAGUCAUCAAUUUAGAGUUGGAACUUUUGUAUUCUUUCAGAUGUGAGAUUAAAAUUAAACUUUGCAGUGAAGCAUUUAACUA